AUGGCCCACCUGGGCGGCAUGGUGCCUGCCCCCCCUCGGGCAAGAGGUCUGGCGCUGACCACGCCGGCAGGCAAGAGGGGCUCGGGGUUCCAGGGCGCGGCCUUCUACCGCGAGCUGUGGUUCUUUGUGUUGGUGGCCUUGCUAGCCCUGGUCCUGCUGGCCAUCUUCCUGUCCCUGCUGCUCCAGAGGAAGAUACACAAGGAGCCCUACGUCCGGGAGAGACCGCCGCUGGUGGCCUUGCAGAAGAGGACAUCUGCCCAGAGCGGCUACCCCUCCGGGGAGACCCAGCUGUUUGACUCUGUGGCUGACAUCUCUGACGUGUCCAGCAGUGUCACCCUGAAAAGCUACACCAUGCACUUGGAGGGACUGGCCCACAGCAGGGUCCCCCGCUCAGGGACCCCGGGGAGUCUGAGGAGCAGCCACAGCCUCUCUGUCCCCGGUCAGGGCCAGGCGAGUUGGGCCUGCUCCCAAGGCACCCUGCACCGUAGUGUCAGCCAGCUCCUGGACGUGGCCGACAAGAAGGCGCUGACGGACGGCGUGCUGUGGGAGACUGUCAUGGGCCACGAAGGCGGACUGUAUGUGGAUGAAGAGGACCUCAUGAACGCCAUCAAGGGUUUCAGCUCGGUGACGAAGGAGCGCACUGCAUUCACUGACACCCACCUGUGAAGGAGGCAACCUGGGCGGGGGAGGCUCACACCCCACGGCAUGAAGAGCCACUGCCCGCUGCUCUGUGACCCUCUGAAGAAAAGGGCCAGGACGCUUUCAGAACUGUCCCUCCCUGACAGAGGUCCAAGCAGUGUCGUCUUCUGGGUAAAAAAGCCUGACUUUCUCAAGGGCGAGCACCGCCGGCCUGGCCACUGUGGCUCCCGGGUUUGCGUUUCCACUUGAUUCUCGGCUGGCCUGGGACACUGUGUGAAGCUGGAACAGGUGAGCCUUACCCAAGGUGGGGUCUGAGUGGCUGCGCUAAAUGCAGGUUUGCAGGGAAGGAAGGACCGCCCCCUCUUCAGGCAUCCUCAUCCGGGCCUGCUCACUGUGACUGUAGUUGGGGGCUGGGGCUCAUUAUUUUAAAAAAAUUUAUUUAUUUUCCCUUUUGUUGCCCUUGUUGUUUUUCAUUUAUUGUUGGAGUUGUUAUUGUUGUUGUUAUUGAUGUCGUCGUUGUUAGAUAGGAUAGAGAAAUGG